AUGACGAAAAUACAUCCCCAAAUCAUUUCUCCAAGAGGCUCAGAUACAAGCUUCUUUUCUUCCAUGUAUUCCAUCACGCCAUUGGAUUUGAGGCAACAAAACGUAGUGGAAACAAACCCCAACAACGUGAAGGAAGAAUUAGUUCCAACCAAAAAACCAACAUCCUCAAUCCAAUGCCUCUCUAUUGUAACGAUCAUUAUUUUGAUUUCAUGUGCACACGUCUUUUCUUCAACGGUGUGGAUUGCUCUCUUCAGCACGAGCAUGUCAUCUUCCAUGGACCGAUUCGGAAGCGAUUCAUUUGAAAAAAUAGCCUUCAACAUCCACAACAUUCUGCGGAGCACAUUGAUGAUUUCGGAGAAUGUAAAGGAAAGUGUAUCAACGUUUGAUGUUCACAACAUGGAAAGAGUUGGGCAACGAUUAUUGAAAUCUUCCAAUAUCUACUUGCCCUCACCGUUGUUGGCAUCUGUGUAUUUUGGUGGAGCUCUGAACGGGAGCAGCACGGGACCACUCUCAAAUUACACAUUUUUUGCUUCUUGCCAGGAUAAAGAGUGUAAGGAAAUUUCCUCACGUCGUAUGGAGACAGCUACUUUCAACCAAUCACACAUUUUGACGCUACUUUCAUUCAAUGGUCCAACUUGCUCUCCCACAUAUUUUGAUUCGCUUACAAACAGAACCAUAGUGAGUUGCAUUGUUUGGCAUUUAAACAAUCAAACAUCGACGUUCGAUUGGUAUUUUGGCAUUGAUAUAAGCACUGACACUUUGUCAAGAUUGUUGCCAGUAAGCUUGGGUCAAUCAACAACAGCAUUAAUUUUGGAAACAGGAACAGCAACUGUCAUUGCAGCCAAUACUCCUAUUUUAAGAAACGGCAUGAGAGAAACCAUUCACACAUCCAGCGAUCCAUCCACAAGAAAAAUAGGACUUAGUUUGUACGACAACGUGAAUCAAGAUUUUCGCUCCAUUUCUUGCUCGAGCAUUGUUGGUUUUAGUGCACCUAGCGGAGUCACACGAGCUCAUAGACUGUGUGAAGAUUCAGGCCUAGAUUGGGUCAUUGUUUUUCAUGAAUCUACUUUUCAACAGGAACUUGUUAUUGGAAUCAUCAUUGCUUCUCUGAUUAAUACUGGAAUUGGAUUUAUUGGAAUUAUUAUGGGAAUUAUUAUCACAGUGAAAAUAAUACAACCUCUAGUGGAUGCCAUUAAUGAGUUUUCUCCACCUUUCCAAAACCAGCUUGACAAAUCUAACUUCAAGCAUUCAAGUAUAAAAGAAAUCCAAUGGAUACAGACAAAUUUCAUCGCUUUAAUGGAUGUACUUAAGAAUUAUAGAUCUUCCAUUCCGCCUCACAUUUUAGCUAAAUUAGAUGCACCUAAAGAAGCAAAUAGUCUUAGAGAAAGUAUGCGGGAAAAAUUACAAUCACACAAUUCAGAUUUUUCUAUUGUCAGCUCAAGAUCUCAUAAGGGAGAUGACAUGGUUAAACCAUUAUCGCACCACGGGUUAGACCAAAGAAGAAUUACGGUAGCCUUAUUUUAUCUAGAAGGUUUUGAAGCUUGUUUGAAAGAACUUUAUCACACGGAUGUAGUUUUGAUUUUGAAUGACUUUUUAAACGUAGUUCAAAAAGUUUGUGAGACAUCUAAUGGACAUCUUGGCCAAUUUCAGAACAAUACGGCAACCAUUUCUUGGAAUUCAGCCAAUGAAAUUGCACUUCAUGAGCAACAAGGCUUGAUUUCAUCAAUCCAAAUAUUAGAGAAGCUACUAUUUGUACAACAGUCAAAAUGGAGACAAUCAGCUAUGCCCUCAGACGUGGUAAGAACGCUAGGUUUUAAAUCAGCUCUUCUCUCUCAAGACGUGUUGUGCGGAGCCAUUGGAACGUCACAAUGGAAAAGCGUUUCAAUUGUGGGAAGCAAUUCUUUUAACUUGGAUCUCAUCAUGAAGCAUGCCUUGAAAUUAGAUGUUGAUAUAAUUGUGACCUCUGACAUUUUGCAUGCAAACCACAAUUCUUUUUCACACAGAUACGUAGGCACAAAGAUGCUUUACGAUUUUGAUGAGAUUAUUUCUCCUUACUCUUCGACAAAGGACAAUAUCAAUAGUAUGAAAAAGAAACCAACCAAAUUAUAUCAAAUAGGCGAGGCCAUUGAGCAGGUUGCCACCGACACAGAAUGGAUGUACGAACUUCAAUCCUCGAUCAACAGAUCAGAAAAAUGGAAAUAUUAUAACGAUGGAGUUAACUACAUGCUGGAAGGAAACAAUGAUUAUGCUAUGCAUUUGUUUAAAAUUCACAUGGCCAACUAUCGAAAAAUUAAUGAAAGCGACGACAAGGCUGCCGCUUACAUGAUGAAAAAAUGUACAAUGAAUGGGAAAAUGAUGAAAAAGAAUUCGAUGAACACAGAACAAACGAAAAAAAUGUUCAAAAAACCUCCAGAAACAGAAAAUCCAGAAUACUCGGCUGAAGAGAAAAAGCCAUCCGAUGAAAAUGCUGACAAAAUGGCCCAUGACUUAGAGAGACAAUACGCCGUUGGAGUUCGGGCUCGAACAAGUCGAGAAGAAGAUUUAGAAAGGAUGAGUAAUUCACCUGUCGGAAUGGACGAAGAUACCACACAACCGAUCAAUCGAACGAUUAUUUAA